UUGAUUACACGAAUUUUUAUUUUAAAUGUCCAUAUUUAUCGAAAAUAUGGCAGAAGAACAUGUAAAUAUUAUAAGAAAAAGUACCAGAGACCUACUCAAUUAUAAUCGUAAAAUUCAAAGAGAUGCGCGUUAAAGAAGAAGACAUAGUAACAAUAGCGAACAAAUUGAAAACAAAAUCCAAAGUGUCUCCCCAUGAGCUGCUGACGGUUAAAAAUGGAAUAAUGGACAAUCUCAGGUGUAUAGAAGUCAUCUUGAACGUACAUGGUGCCUUGAGAGGCAUAACAAGGGAACUUACCGGUAGAAAUGCCGAGAACAAGCUAGCAGCGGCAGGCUGCUGUUGUAAUCUAGCUCUGGGUGAUGAAAGAGCCUGUGCAGUUGUGGCUAAAGUGAUGGGCUCAUAUUUGACUACAGAAUUGGACAGCCUGAAUAAUGAAUUAGCGGUAACCUGUGCUUGGGCUCUAGGUAACCUGGCUGGAUCUGGGCGGAAAGCCUGCACCGUGCUGACAGACCAGGGAGCUUUUGCCAAACUUAUUCAUCUUCUUGCAAAUGAAGAUCUAAAGAAUGCAGCGAUAUAUGCUUUAGAACAUUAUGCUUAUCAGAUGAAGGAUGAUUUGAGGCCCGAACACCUCUCCAAAAUGAUAUCUUCAAUAUCACAGAUUGGUGUUAACACAGAGACAGUUAGGUUACUAUUCAUACUGUCAUGCCAUAAUGAUUUUGUAACGAACAUAACAGAAGAUCUACUGCUAAAAACACUACAAUACUUACCUGUGAGUAUAGUCAACAAUGAUUUACAACUUGUAUACAUCAUCAGGACUCUAGGUAAUAGUGAAAAUUAUAAUUUUAUUUUGAAUUAUUUCCUCUCGAACAAUAUGAAUAUAGCUUUUAAACAACUAUUAGCAGUAGAUAAUGCAGUUUUAAAUAACUCCUUGAUGUGGUUUUUAGGAAAUCUGUACAAAUAUGAUGCUAGUAAUAUAUUUUUCAAAUCUUUGUUAAGUUCAUAG